ACGGCCGUCGCAUUACACUAAUGGUGCAGCUGGCGCCGAGCACAGCGCUGAUGAGAUGGUGUGCGUUUCAGUGCGGCCGCAGUCGGUGUCUCUGGCUCCACCGGCGGCGCCGCUCCGCGCCAAACGACCGACCAUGCUGACCUGCCGGGUCGCCGGGUCGCACCCCGAGCCGGUGGUCACGUGGUGGCUAGGCGCCGGCCCCCUGGCGGGCGCCGAGCGGCAGUCGCCAGGCGCCGCCGGCAACGGCACGACCUCCAGCGUGACCUUCACGCCCCGGGUCAGCGAUCAAGGUCAAACGAUCACCUGCCGCGCCGCCAACCCGCUGGCCGGCGACGAGGUUAUCGAGGACUCAUUGGCCCUCGUCGUGCAGUAUCCUCCCGAGGUGACGCUGACCCAGCGCCCGGAGCGAGACUCGGUGGCUGGUGGGACGGUCCAGCUGCUGUGCCGGGUCCGGGCAGAACCGCCAGCUACGCGCGUCCGCUGGAGGCAUGACACUGUCUGGCUGACGGAAUCGCCGCUGGGCGUGCGGCCCGGGGCGGAGGAGCUGACGUUGACUGACGUCGGGCCGCACAGCUCUGGUAACUACACCUGCUCGGCCACCAACAGCCUGGGCACCACCGAGAGCGGAGCCGUCGCCGUACGCGUACAGCACGUGCCGUUCUGCGAGUCGCCGCACGAGCGAGUGUUCGAGGCGGCGCGAGGGGACAUGCUCAACGUCACUUGCGCCGUCAUGUCCCACCCCAAGCCGGAGAAGUAUAGGUGGAGCUUCAACAGCUCAGGCUCCUCGCGUCCCCUGCAGGAGCUGGGCGCUGGUUUGGGGAACACCAGCGUGCUGAGCUACACUCCGCGGCGCCCGGCCGACUUCGGUCUGCUGCGCUGCUGGGCGCAGAACGCACUGGGCGAGCAGCAGGAGGCGUGCAGCUACGUCAUCAAAGCGUCGGACGUGCCGGACCCGCCAGCCUCGUGUGAGGUCUCGGACCGCUCCAGCUCGGGCCUGCGGGUGCGCUGCCGGCCGGGCUUCGACGGCGGCCUGCCGCAGACCUUCCGGCUAGAGGUGCGGGGCGCCGACGACCUUAGGCUCCACAGCAACGUCAGCUCCGCCAGCCCCAGACUGGGCGCCUCUGACUUGGUGUCGGAUCAGGAGUACCGGCUGUCGGUGUUCGCGCUCAACCGGCGCGGCAGCAGCAGGGCCAGCACGCUCGUGGCGCGCACGCUGGUGGGAGAGCCGGACAGUGGCACCGGUCACAGGACACUGCUGGACAUGCUGCAGAUGACGCCAAUACUGGGCGUGCUGAUCGGCCUGGUGGCGGCCCUGGUGCUCACAGCCGUUACCAUUGUCGGCGCCAGGAGGUACCGCACGCGACCCCGCGGCAAGGAAAGCCAACAAGGCAUAUGUCAUGUCCAGCUGGUCAGAAACUUGGACGAGUCUGGGAACUUCGAGGAAAAGCAAGAUCCGGAUCUCAUACCUCAGAAAACAGAGUUCCUGGACGCCGAGGAGAAGCACAUGAUCGAGCGUCUUCGCAACGGCCGCUUCCCGCCCCCGCCGGCCCGGUUCGGGGGCCCGCCAUCGCCGCCGCCGACCCCGUCUGGCCUGCAGGAGACCCUGCCCAGGCGGGGCCGCCGCCGACCUAGCCCCCCGCACCUGCGCGGUCCGGUCAGUGCCGCCGCGCCGGCCGGCCCGCACAAUGUGAGCUUGCGGCAGCUUAGGCGUAUGAUGAGGAAAGCAGUGAAUGUAGCAUGAGCCUAAGCGUAGUAGACGGGCCGCCAGUUUGGCCAUAGAACGAGGCCUGUUCCUUAUGAUAGUGGAUUAGUUUGGGCGUACACGUAACCUUCCCGAAAAGAGAAGCUACGUUUGAUAUAGUUACAUUGAAAUA